AUGAAGCUUUCCCUUGCCGCUCUGCUGCCCCUGGUGUUCCAGGCUGCGUCGGCCUCGGCCGCAUCGGCUCUUGCACCUCGCGGCUGCACCUCUUUCACCUCGGCCGUCACUCACCUCACGGAGUGCUGUGACGAGACCGUCAAUGAGCUCUUCUGGAUCGACAAACCUCUGGGACUCGGCAUCUGCUGUCUGCUGGGCAGCAUCCUCCAGGGCUUCGUCUGCGUCCCCCAGAAGCCGCCCCCGACGAAGAACUCCACCGUCUGCAGCGGGGACCCCGUGUGCCCCCAAAAGGCCGGUAGCGACCUCGGCAUCGAGUACGGCCACUGCUACGUGCUCCAGGCGCUCAACGGCCUCUACCUGGGCCACGACUCCGCCACCAAGUACGAAGUCGACGGCGAGAACCCGGGUGUCGUCUUCCGCGUGUGCCACGUCGACAACCCGGCCUGCGACAAGGACGCCGGCACCGUCGUCGGCACCAACGGCACCUGGUGGAUGCAGGACCAGAUGGGCGACCCCACCGGCACCGGCUUCGGCUGGCUCGGCGGCAGCGGCGACCUCUCCGUCCAGGACAGCUCGACCACGGCUUUGGUGGUCGGCGGCUCGCCCCUGUGCUUCGGCGGCAAGUGCUCCGUCUGCAUCACUUUCCCGCCUGGUGGUGCGCACGCGCCCUGCCCCCUCAACCCGGGGCAGUCGCACUUGGGCGUGGCCAGCAACCCUAACAGUUGCCAGCCGUUCAUCUGGCAGGAGGUCCAGUGCCGGUCCGAACAGUAA